GCCAAUCCCAGUUCUAUCUCAAUUUGGCUUCCAGGCUCUACUGAAGCCCUGAGUUGGCUCGGCCCAAGGGAUUGAUUCAUACGCUUUCCGUAGAUGAAUGGUGGGUGCUUGAGCUCUCAAUAAGUUUUGGUAUCACAUUUGGCGGUGAGAUUUCGAAUGGCUCCUCCCUGUGGAACAGACCCUUUGACAUAUCCUCUCGAUUUGAAAGAGACACAAACCAGCGGCCAAGUAGAGGAAGAGCUCUAAGCAAGAAGACAGAGGAAGAACAGAAGAAUUGGGAAUCGAAGAAGAAAUCAUCAAAAUGAGUGCUUCAAUCUCAUCGACCCAGGAAGGAUUAGGCGGGAGUAGUCAAUCCGACCCGAGUUUAGUCUCCGGGAACCAAAUCCAAACCAACAAGAAGACUAGAGAGGACACGGACAAUCAAAAAUAUCAAGACGAUCAGAAGAACGCUAACGUCGAUGAGAAACCCAAGCAUCCAGAUGAUACUGACUCUAAACCGAAAGGGGACGAUGAUUCCAGCAUAAGCGAGGAAAAUCACAGGAGAAAGGAUGGCCACAAAGCCAUUGGAGCGAAUGGGGUUGUUACAGCAGAAGACAUCUCCAAAUCCCCCAUGUCUAGCCAAUCACGCUAUGGUCAUGGCCUGAAAAAGUGUUCAGUGCCCCUGAAAGACAUUUCGCUCUGUCGGGAUCCCAUUUUGAAAGAUCUGUACCAAGGUGCCCUCAAAAGGGUGAAGAAGGCUCCGCCUCCGCCCAAACCGAAGAACACUUUAUAUCCGGAUUUCUCUCCUAAGGAGAUUCCCUUGCCUUUGUUGUUUCCAGGACUGUCCCCGCCUGUUCUUCCUCCGCCCAAAACAUCUGUCAAAGGGAAAAGAGGAGGAGACGGGAAACGAGGCCAAGCCAAUUCUUAUCGACCCCCUCCAAAUAGUCAACUGAAACCCAAGUACAACCGGCGGCCUCUCCCGGUGCGGCCAAGCUUGCCGUACGUCGAGCCAAUUUUUGUCAAGCCCGCGUACCUGAAUCAUGCUGAGCGCCUGAUGAAUGCGUCUUUCGGCCCAUUUGGACGUGUGAAUGCGGCUGAGUUGGUGGCUUUGUGCAAGGAACUGGACGAUGCCAGAGGCAUGGUUAAUACCCUCAGAUCCCAGCUCACCAAUGUUAUCAUGGGCGUGAGUGAAACCGAAAAAAAUGACCUUAAGCGCAAUGUGAUGAAUUUGGCCGAUUUGCCGGAACCCAAGCUUAACAAAACGGAAAAUAUGAUGGCCCCAUCAGGCUACCGAAUCAUCGACUUGCAGCUUAUGAGUUUGGCCUUGGAUGCGGCCCAGCGUUGCGAACAUGAGAAUUCAAACCGAAAGCUCCAGAUCUUUGAGAUGCACUCUAAUCAGCUGAAUCAGGAUCUAGCCAAAUCUUUUGCGUUUGUGUGCACAGUUUGUAAGAAGGCCACAGUCUUUCCAAAUUCUUCAUUUUCGAAGGAGUGGCCCCCAAAUUACUCGGUAAACAAGCAAUUCCUGCAAAUCUUAGGAACCAAACCAUUCCAACGAACAGUGAACUUCAUUCGGAAAGGAGAGAAACCUUCCCCACUACUCCCUCGCUUUUCGAGCGAUCCGGCGCAAUUAGUUCUAAGUAUUGACCAAAAGUCUUACAAAGGGAAUUUCCUUCCCCCAAGUCCACCCCACCCAGCACAACCCAGUCGAUCCCCUCCCCGAACUUUGCCCCGAGUCAAUCUUUUAAAUGGAAGAUCAGGCAAGAGUGGCAAGACCAAAAUACCCACCAAGAUCAAGGCCUCUCCUUUAUUACCUGUAGGAAGCCGGAUUUCGGUCAUUCCACCUGGCACUCAGGUCAGUGGGCAUGUAAAUUUUACGACUGCUCAAGAGACCGGUCUGAAACCCGGAGUGUAUCGGGUCAAUACGACAGGGUAUCCGGAGCGAAUUAUUGCUGUCAAAGAUGAAGAAAUUCCAACGUCGGACGGAUGCAUCGAUUUGGAUUCUGUUGCAGGACCAUCCUCUUCCUUAUUGGAUCGAAACAUCAAUACCCUUCAAGACCCGAUUGCCACGUCCUCUUCAAUGGGCACGUUGGCAGACGAUGACGAAGAAGACGAUCCUCCCGACUUUAGUCAUUUUCUGGACGUGUCCUUGGGAGGAGGAGACAGCAGUCUUAUGGGGGCAGAUUCUCUUAUCGAUCAAAAUUCGAGUAGUAGUCACAAUCAGAUGGACCCACGUUCACAAGAUAACGAAGCCAAGCCUACCGAUUUCAUGGGAUGGCAAAACGAUGACAACAGAAUCGUCGAGGAUAUGUUCGCCGAUCCCCUUCAACCGGAGGUCACCCUUGGAAGUGAUAGUAAUUACAAUGUCGAGGAUGAUAGCGACGAUGAUUAUUGGGAAGGGGAGCGCUCUCGGAAACGCACUCGGAAACGGAAGAUGAAUCAGUCGAAAACUAGUAGACCCAAGAAAUCCAAGAACAUUAUCCCAGAGGAAAUCAUCUUAAGCUAAUUUCGUUGUUACUAUUUCUGGAUGGGUUCAAAAUCCUGUUUGAAAUUUUGUGCUGAUAGAUGGUAUACCAAUCCAUGGAGAUGCACAAUCAUUCUGAUCUUCUUGGCAAAAAAACGACUAUUCAGAUAUUUGCACCAGCCAAAGGUUUCUGGACAUUUAUGUUGCAAAAUAAAGAAAGUGUCACCUCCUUA